AUGGUGGCCACCAAGAAAACCAAGAAGACCCACGAGAGCAUCAACAACAGGCUCGCUCUGGUGAUGAAGAGCGGAAGGUACACGCUCGGUUACAAGACCGUGCUCAAAACUCUGCGAAACUCCAAAGGUAAGCUGAUUCUCAUCUCAAACAACUGCCCGCCCUUGAGGAAAUCGGAGAUCGAGUACUAUGCUAUGCUUGCAAAAGUUGGGGAUGUCGACUUGGGGACAGCUUGCGGAAAGUACUUCCGUGUAUCUUGCCUCAGCAUUGUUGAUCCAGGUGACUCGGACAUCAUCAAGUCUUUGUCUGGUGAGCACUGA